AGACCUUUGCAGAACCAGUCAAACCCACAUUCUACCUGUGCCGCAUUCCUGCCAGGGCGAGAAGCUGGCGGAGUGGAAGAACCAGACAGUUAAGCAAGAGGAUGUUUACCUGGACCCUCUCCAGCCCCUGGGGGAUGCUCCUCCCUCUCCGCCCACGCCCUGCUUAAAGGAGAAGGAGUUGCCUGAGCAAAGAGAAAGGAGCCAUGGAAGGCCGGGGACCGGUGGCAGAGUUGCAGCGCUCCAUCAUCUGCCCUAUCUGCGGGUGUCCCUUCAAGGACCCGGUGCUGCUGGACUGUGACCACAGCUAUUGCCGAGCCUGCAUCACGGGCCAGUGGGAGCGGGAGGGGGCGGGGGUGCUGUCCUGCCCCCAGUGCCAGCAGGUCUUCGAGCGGCGCAGCCUGCGCACCCACGUCAAACUGGCCGUGGAGGUCAAGAUCGCCCAGAACCUCAACGCCAAGACGGCCCAGGAGGCCCUGGUGACCAAACCCCGCCGGCGGCGCGGCGGCUGGAUCCCGGUGUCGGUCAUGCCAGAGGGGCAGGGUGUCGGGAAAAUCUGCAGAUAGUGAGUGCCCCUUUCUUCUCCUGCAUGGUCUAAAGUGACACCAUACCCUCCACAAACCGUCCACUCUGACCCGAGCCUCUCGGACAAUAUCAGGACCGUCCACCUGGGCCUUGGAGAGCAGCCCUGGCUCCCAAUGUGCUCCAGAGCCAUGCCAGGCGGCCAGGGUGUCUCCUUCAGCCACAUGCAGCAGAGCUCGGGAGCGGCACAUACAGUGACCCCCUGCGGAUAGGACUCAGCCCCACGCCGGCAGGGGUCACCCCUCUGGGGGACAGGGACAAGCUGAAUGUUGAUGGACCAGCCUUGGGGACAGAUGCAGAAAUGUCUUCCCCCUAAGAACAAAAGUGGGACUCACUGGCCCAUCUUAUGGAGCACAGCUAGGAAGAACAAUCUGGGGCUAACGACUGGAGCCGGCGCCUCAUGUCCUGUUCCCCCUGCCCCAAGCCAGCUGAUCUCCCUGUCCUGGGCCAGAUUGGAUCCUCGGACAAGAUUAGAGCCAAUGCCCCAUAGAAGGGAAAGUUUCCAUGUCCCAUUCCCUGCCCCCGAGCCAGCCAGCCCCACAACCCUGGGCCAGAUCAGAGCCAUCGAGGGGAAAGGCCCUGUAUCCUAAUCCCCGAACCAGCCAGUCCCCCCAAGCUUGGGGCCAGAUGAGGUUGGCCCGUAUCCCGUUCCCCUACCCGAGUAUUUUCAUGCCAUCUGCUCUCUCGUUUCAUCAGAGUUUUCCCCGCCACUCUCCGCUGCAGAAGCGUUGUAUUCUUGUGUGGCUGCCCCUGGAUUUUGUAUUUAGUCCAGUGCAGACCUCUACUGUGAUGAAUUUUUUUAAGCACAAGGGGAAAAAAUAAACUCCUCCGGGAAACAUGGGCCAGCCAGUCCUUUGCUCUUUGGUUUUCUUUUGAAGACAGCAGUGUGCCCCCGAAACCCCUGUAUGCCAGCAGGCAGGAGAAUUUCCUGCACUUGGCAUGUGCCAUCUGGCUCACCCAAGAUCUCAUGGGCGCUGUUAAAUGAAAACAUGGGUCACGCUGGUCAUUAAUAGCGGCAUGAGGUAUUGGCAGAUACUCGCUGAGAUGUUUCCGAUGGCUGCUGCUGAAAAUCUGUCCCGACCGGUAGCCAGGCAGAGCUCACAAACAAGUUUCUGCCAGCCAGCGCCUGCAAACUCACCUCUCUCUGCAGUCAGCCAGCACAAUGAGCGCUCCUUUGACAUACAAAGGCCGCAGGGAGAGAUGGCACUGGAGAAUGGACAGGGCGGGAGGUAUCCUGACUAGGGGCCGACAGUGAACUUUGGGGGAUAUUCUGGGAUGCCACCCCUUUACCAUGCGCUGAGGAAAUAACUGAGUAGUGUGAUUAGCCAUGAAAAAACAGGAUCAUCCCGAAACUUGGGCAAAAGCCCUUUGGGGCAAGGAAAACGUGGUCAGUUUAGUCCCUAGGCAACACGUUACGAUUUCGUUUAGUAUGUAGCCGGGCAGGUACUCACUGGCUCUUGGAUCUCAUGCGACUGGCCGUUUUCACUAUCAAUAUCCCUCAGUGCCACGGUACGGAGUUGAGUGCUGGAGUUGAAUCAGACAAGCGGAUGUGUGCGCCAUCCCCAGAUGAAGGCAGCGGGCCUGGGAUUGCUGCAAGUGGUUAAGGGCUGCACACUGCAGGGGAACACGGCAACGGGCAUGAGGGGGUCGAGUGCCCCCCCAAUUUUCCUGCCAGGGGUGAGGAGGGAGAGCGGCUCUGUCCUUCUCUCCUUGCACCUCUCCCCCGUCACAUUUGGCUGCAUCUCUGGCAGCCCAGUGGGGAACAGGACGGAGCCGCUUCUGCCUGAGAGAACCUGGCUGGGGGGCAGCUCUUGCCCGUUCCCUGCCCUGGCUGGGCUGCUGGGGACAGGGGGUUUUGUCCAUGUGGCUCUGAGGUUAAACCCCUUUUCUGCAUCAGUGGGGAUACAGGACAGCCAGCUAAGCCGUCACACUGAGAGGAAAUGACUAACUACAUGGAACCCAGGCAUCCUGGCUCCCAGUCCUGUCCCUGCUCCAGCCCACUAGACCCCAUUCCCCCCGAGCCAGGAAUAGAAAUAAGGUGUCCUGGCUCCCAGCUCUCCCACUAAACCCACUAGAGCCUACUCCCCUCCCCGAGGCGGGGAGAGAACCCAGGAGUCCUGCCUCUCUCUGACCUCCCCAACCGCUUGGCAAAUCAAGCUCUCGGAGAAGAAUUCCUCCAUAAAAGGCAACUCUCUGCUGCACACACAGAAUCCCGUCCCUGGGGGCCGGCUCAUGCCAGGAUGAUGACAGCUUUCCUCUUCCAGGCUGUUUUUCCCAGGAGUUCCCCUCAGCCUGGCUGCGGACAGAUGGGCAGCCCCGCCUGGCUUGUUCUCAUUAUCCUAGCCUGGGGCCUGUACCAGCAGGAGCUGAGAUGAGAGGGGCUGGGACGAAGCCAGGUCUGGGGCAGGACGCCAGUUCCUUCCAGCUAGUGUUGGAGUCCCCUCUGGGUCCCAGGUGCGGAACAACGAUCCAGGAGCCUCUGCUGCUCCGGGAGGAAAACAGCUGCUCAUUUGCGCUCUCCCCAGCGCCCAAGCCGCUGACCCAGCCCCAAGAAGCUGGCAUACGGGGCAGGCACUAGAGGGCGACAAAGCCAACGUGGUGGAGAAUGACCCCUGCCCCAGUGCACUGUGGGAGCCUGCCUCAGUUAUCCCCGUCCACCCCAUGGCUGGACACAACGGCUCUCAGGGCCAGUGGGCACCUGGGAGCGCCCGAAAGCUCCAGUUCCGGCCUAACAUCUCCCUCUGCACUUUCCCCCUUUCCAAACAAGGAGUCAGUUCCCGGGAGCACAGUGUCCAUGGGUGGGGUCCAGCAGGCCUUGCUCGGCUGCCCACACAGAGGGGACUACCAAGGGGAUGGAGUGGGGGCACCCAGGCCCGCGCAGCCCUGGUAUUUCUGGGAUUGCCAGUGGGUUGGGUGUGGCCAUCCCUGUGCACCAGCUGCUGGCUCAGAUGUUAGCAUCAGGCUCUGGUAUGAAAGAGAACCCAGGAGUCCUGACACUCAGCCCACUCUGCUCUAA